AUGUCCAACAUCACUGAAAAUGGACCCAAAAUGGCAGCUGGUGCCCUUUAUUGCGAAAAUGUGCUUGGAUUACAUCAUAGCAUAUUUCUUGCAAUAUUAAACUUCAUUUUUUCUAUUACUGCAUGCCUGGGAAAUGUCUUGAUACUCAUUGCCCUUCAUAAAAAGUCUUCCCUUCAUCCGCCAUCAAAGCUGAUGUUUCGCUGUCUUGCCCUCACUGAUCUUUGCGUUGGUGUCAUCACUCAGCCAAUGUUUGCCGCUGAAUUGAUUACCGAAGUAAACGAAUUGCGACAAAUUUGCAACCACAUUGGAACAGUAGUAGGCAUUUCAGGCAUUGUUUUCAGUGGAGUUUCGUUGAUGACAUUGACAGCAAUAAGUGUAGACAGACUUCUUGCUCUGUCUCUGAGCAUGCGAUACAGACAGGUUGUUAAACUGAGGCGAGUUGGUGGAAUCUUGGCUUUUUUUUGGUUCCUCUGUUUAAGCGUCCCUCUGAUGAAGCAACUUACUGGCCUUCUAUUUUUUUCA